GACAGAUGGAGAGAUAAAUACAUUUCCACGGAGGUUGUUUUUCAUUCUGCGCGUUUCUUUUGGAUGCAUAAAGAUGUUGAUCGGCGCGGAUGACGGUGCGUCGCUAUUUGGAUGUGUGUUUCUGGACUUUUUUCUAGCGUAUCAUGACCGUGCGCCCCUUUUCCUCUCUCCAAGUCUUUUCGUUUGAAGUUGAACGGAGGAGAGGGCACCAUGAGAGGGAAAUACUUUCUCCUCGGCUUCUUGUUGCUCAAACUUAUGGCUCUGGUGUGCAAGGCUGACGGGGAGCCGGGACUGCUCGGAGGAUUCGUCAUGAUCGCCACCUCCAACGGCUCAAGGGAGGAGGAGAGCGUGUCCGAGGAGACCCCGCACACGGAGGACAAGUGCCGGGGUUACUACGACGUGAUGGGCCAGUGGGACCCGCCGUUUGUCUGCAAAACGGGCAACUACCUGUUCUGCUGCGGCACCUGUGGCUUCCGCUUCUGCUGCUCCUACAAACACUCGCGGCUGGACCAGAGCACCUGUAAGAAUUACGACACUCCGAUGUGGAUGAAGACCGGACAGACUCCCUACAAAAAGAUCAACAAGCUGAUCGACACCACCAAAGACAAGACGAACUUAAUCGUUUACAUCAUAUGUGGAGUAGUGGCCAUCAUGGCUCUUGUGGGGAUUUUCACCAAACUGGGGCUGGAAAAGGCGCACAGGCCUCAGAGAGAGAACAUGUCCAGGGCCGUGGCCAGUGUGCUGCAGGGCGGGUGUCCAGGUGAGCCGUAUCGCGGGGAGGAGGCCCUCGGGAUGCAUUCGCAGCACUUUGUUUCCAGGGCCACAAACCUCCAGGGUGGUCAGAUCAACAACAACGUGGGAGUGGGCUCUAACGUGGUCCAGCAGCACCCUUACCCGGCCCUCAACCAGCUGGCUCACGUCUACGAACAGCAGCAGCAGCAGCAACAACAACAACAACAACAACAGCAUCAGCAGCUACAGCAGCAGCAAAACAAGGACUUCAACAAGUACGCCUCCCUGAAGGCUGUGGCCGCCAAGUACAAUGGUGAAGUCUACAACAAGCGUCGGCUGAUGGUGGAGCUGCCGUCUAAAGGUGGGCUUCCUCUCCAGCCAAUGGGAAACUCUAGACCCUCCAUGAGUAACUCCAGACCCUCACUGGGCAACAUGUCAUCGAUGACUCCUCCGAUGAUCAACAACCCCAUGACUUCUAACCAAAUGGCCUCCAAUUCCAUGAACCCCAACAUGAAUCCCAACAUGAACCCCAACAUGAACCCCAACAUGAACCCCAACAUGAACCCCAACAUGAACCCCAACAUGAACCAGAUGACCUCCAUGACCCAAAUGACAUCAAUGAUGCCCAUGACUUCAAUGACGCCCAUGACUUCCCUUAGCCAGAUGACGUCCAUGACCCCUAUGACGUCCAUGACCCCUAUGACCUCCAUGAACCCUAUGACCUCCAUGAACCCUAUGACCUCCAUGAACCCUAUGACCUCCAUGAACCCUAUGACCUCCAUGAACCCUAUGACCUCCCUGGGUCCACUGACUCCUGAGCCAGUGGCCACCUACGUCACCGAGAUGCCCGGCCUCUCUUCCCACUCAACCCUCCCGACAGAGCGGCACAUAGCCGGUCUCGGAGGAGGCGGACUCAAGGCGAACGGCCAGAAACACAAAGGCAGUCAUGGUCACUUGGGCCACAGCUCUCACAGCUCUCACCCUCAGUCCCACAGUUAUGGCCACAGCCACAGUAGCAAGCCGCUAGGACACGGGGCGACCAACUUGGCCCACAUGGCAGGGACCAUGCCAGGUGGGAUGUCCAUGGGCAUCUCCAGGGGCAAUGAGACCGCCAUUGGCCCGGGUUCGGCUACAAUGGGCCGCCCAAUGGCGUACAGCUCCAACACAAUUACGUCUGGGAAUACGAUGGGGAUGGGGAUGAAGGCCUGGGAUGGGACUGAGACUGUGGGCCGGAGGAAGACCUAUGGCCACAAGAGGCCUCAGUGUACCGUGCUAGAGCCCAACCAGCUUCGAAGCACCAGAGGCCAAAGCCACAGUCAACACUUCCUCCCCACACAGCCGUACUAUGUGACCAACAGCAAGACAGAAGUGACUGUGUGAGUGAGGAAGUAAGGAAGAAACAAAAGGGGGAAAGGAUGCAUGAGGAGUGGUGGCACAAGUAAUCACUGAGUGCAGACACCAACCCCUGCGUUGGUCAAAGGCGCAGAUCUAUGUGUGUUUGUGUGGCUCGUUGGUAUACUAGUGAAUGUGGUGGGACAGUGACAGUGUGUCUUGAGUUCACCAAUCAAAUCACUACACAGACCUUUGUUGCCAAACGGAUGGCAUGAUAUUUGGUGGCAUCUGUAACCAUAACUUCAAAGAGCCUACAGAGCGGGGGGGGUGUGUACACUUGUGGAGAUAUUAGAGUGUUGUCUCACAGCUAAUAUCUACUCUGUAAUAUCUACAGCGCAACUUCACACGGAUGAUAACGUGGGAAACUGCUGAUAAUAAAAUGGAUUGGCUUUACGAACCAAACCUGAGAAGCAAUAUAAGGGAUUAUGUGUAAAGCACUGAAGCAUCGCGGGACAGAGGAAACACAGCAAGUUUACCCACAAACCUCACAACAUGAGUUCUGCUCAUCUAACCAACAAAGCGUCGAAUGGUUUGGAAGAAAUAACAUUCCCUCAUGAUUCACCCCACAAAUCUCCUGAGGGCUUUGAAACUGACAUGACGAGGGCGCCAGGCUUUGGACUGCAGACAUGCAGGGCUUUGUACUGUUGCUAUUCAGAAGCGCCUUCAUGAGAUCUGCAGCUGAAGGUCGCCAUUUUCCACAAGGCUCCAGCACAGAGAAUGGCUGUCACAUUGGCAUUGUUCUGUUCUGAUCUCGUCUGUGUGGUGACAGCUGGUCCAGAGGAGGGAUAAGAGGCAGGGAGGCAGCACUGGUACGAUGCUGCAGCUAGCAGAGGCUUCAUAGAGUAAACACACAUUCAAGCUCACGCAAAACAUAUUACAGAUCAACAUGUUGAAACAAUUAUAGCAACACAGGGUUUAAUCACAAUGAUUUCUUCAAGAAAGACACCAAUAUUUUCAUUAUUCGGUUAAAGAAGGCUGUUUUGUUUAAUUUGUGCAUGUGUCAUCUUAAAUUUGACAUUUCUAUUUCAAAAACGUAGAAAUGUUCAGUGCUUCCCCAAAUUACAAUCAUGUUAGUGAAUUGUAAGCAUCACAGUACCACAACACUCGAAACCAAUUUAACUUUUGUAAAUGGCAGCUAAAUCGGAAUUAACUACCUUUUCAGUGAUAGGUUACAGUUUUGGAUCCAUAAAUACUUUUGAAUUAUAAAACUUCACAAUUAUAAAACUAUUGAAAAUAUAGCAGUAAACUAUUGAGUUUGACAAGUAAAUCAAUACCAUUGUUAAGUCUGUGUGUUAAAUAGCAAUAAAUAAAUGGUGUUAAAAAUGUUCAGGAAUGGUCUUGAUCAUUCAGAAAGAAGACAAAAUAA